AUGACGAUUCCUGCAGCCCUGGCUGCUGUGUGGGAUGCGUCGGCAAAGGCGCCGGUCGGCCUGUUGUCAGGCAACGUGAUGCAGCUGGGAGACUUCGACGAAUGCCUCGGGGUGGCCUCCCCCAUAAGGGCCAAGUACUGCCUCACGCACAUUGUGCUCAAGCCGCCUCCCGGCCACGACACCGCUCAUCCGCUCACCAUCGACUACAACCCAACGCUCAACUAUUGGGACAAGAUACAUUAUGGAGGUUCGUACUCGAAGCAGAGACUGGACCGCGUUCGGUGGGCGCUGUGUGUUCCUGACUCGUGCAGUGAAGACGACAUUCAAGGAUCUUUGCGCGAACAUCUCGCUCAGAAGAAGCUCAGCGAUCGCAUACAGAUAUUCCUCGACUCAGAAGGUUGUACACCGAUCGACAGUCCCAAGUACGACUUUUCAUUCAAAGACAUUGUGUUCAGUUUGUUUCUGAUUGGUCUAUUCCUCCUGUGUUUCAUCGCCACUGUAUAUGACUUCAUCUUCUUCAAAGAAGAAGGAGACAGCCCACCAAGCAAUUUCCUAUUGUGCAUGUCAGCAAGAAGAGGCUACCACAGUGUGUUUCGAAGAGAGAAGCCGAUUUCUGGCUUGGAUCUGACUCCGAUGUAUGCCAUUCACUUCUUGUCCAUUGUGUUUGUUGUUCUUGGGCACCGAUAUGCUGUUAUGCUUCUGGGACCCACUCAAAACUAUGAGUUGAUUGAACAUGUAUUCAGGAACUAUUGGUUCUCGAUGUGGAUUGGUCAUAUGGAUUUGUUCGUGGACAGCUUUUUCGUGAUGAGUGGAUUUCUUUUGGGUCUACUCCUCCCAUUACAAUGUGACACUGCCACUAUCAGUCCUUUCUCAGUAUAUGUUCACCGCUAUAUUAGAUUGAUGCCAGCCUACAUACUAUUGGUAUUUUUCUACAUGACCCUGUUCUACAAGAUAGGUGACGGACCACUUUGGAACCAGAUGGCUGGCAAUGAUCAGUCUGCAUGCGAAGUUAAUUGGUGGACUAAUCUGGUUUUCCUCAACAAUGUUGUCAACCCUCUGAGAAUGUGUGCGAUGCAUUGCUGGUAUAUUGCCUGUGAUUUCCAAUUCAUGGCUGUGGCAACAGUGAUUAUUCUGGCCCUGAAGAAGUACACGAAGCUGAUGGUUGGUGUGUUUGCGCUGCUCUACUGCAUGACUGUCAGUGCUGUCUUCGUCCACACCUAUCUCUACAAGAGGACUGCUGUAAUCUGGUUCUUCAAAAACUUUUUCAUCAACCCCAGAGGAGACGAUCAUUAUACUUCCAUCUACAUACAACCACAAUAUAGAGCUGGCCCAUAUAUUCUUGGUGUUCUGACUGGAUACUGGGUUUAUAAGAAUAUCAAACUCCGUCUCACCAAGACGCAAACAUGGAGCAUGCUUCUAAUUGGUUGUACAAUAAUGCAACUGUGUUUCUGGAGUGGAUCACUGUAUCACAAUCCAGCCAGGCCGUACAAUGUAAUCGAAUCAGCCUUGUAUGCAGCUUCGACUACAAGUAUUUGGGCCGUUGGUCUUUGCUUUGUGAUUGUCUCCGUCACCAUGGGGACAAAAACUCCAGGCUCAGUGGUGCUUUCAUGGAAGCCGUUCACUUUCCUCGGAAAACUCUCCUAUAACGUCUACUUGGUUCACCACGUUCUUCAAGUGUACUCUGCAGCAUCCAGCAGAUCAGGCACUCAUGUCAACUUUUUGAAUCAUGUGGUUGCAUCCGCCUACGAUAUGUCACUUUCACUAGCACUGGCUCUGCUACUGUUCGUGACUGUGGAAACUCCUCCUCGUUAUAUCCUCAGACAAAUACAGAGUCGGAUGAAACCAGCAACUAUAACACCAACCGAACAUAAAUGACAAUAAUGCACACAACAUUCUAAAACAAUAUCUAGUCUAAAAUAUUAUUUUUCGCAGUUUUCAGUACUGCGUACUUCUUCAAAUCUUGAGAAAAAUCAAUUCGCAUUAUGAUUGAAGGUACAAAUUGAGAGCAGAGAAAAAACUGCUGAGAAGUGGAGAGAACUAAUGAGAGCUGAGAAGAUGCAAAGUGUUCGAUGAUGGCGGAUUUGCAAUAAUUGGAAGAGAUGUGAGAAUGAAUUGGAUGCAAACAUUUUUAAAACCUGAAAAGGCUAAUCUAAUCACAAGACACCAAAGUUCAACCUGUCCUUGAAAAUCCCUCAUCUGCUGCCUCCCAUGCUGUGACACCCAUUAUAUUAAAACAAUAAAAAAUAAAUUUGACUUUUUGUAUUUUUUCCAAUACAUAAGUUGACAGAUAUAUUAGUUAUGAAUCAAGUUAUGUUUCAUGAAAAAAUUAAUGUGAUCAUUAUCUUUAUAUCAACAUAAUCUUGAUCAUUUGAUUUGUGUUAUGCUCAUACUCUUAAUAGCUAUUUAUGUAUUAAGAGCGUAAUGCGCGAUUUUAUCGCUCGCGCAAAACAGUUUUGCAAGAGCGAUAAAGAAGCAUUACGCGCGAAUUACAUACAAAAUGUUUUCUACAACUGCCCAAACCUGUUAAAUUACUUAUAUUGGCGAAGUUACAAUUACCGACUUUUUAGGUUAAGAUCUGACCUUUUGGCGAGCUGCUUAUCAUCAGCUGAUCAGCGAGCGUAAAGAAACUAUUCUGCGCAUGCGCAAAUAAUUUGCGUGCAUAAAGAAAAUCUACUGCGCAUGCGCAGAUGGUUAGCGAGCGAAAAAGUAGAUUCUCCUCAGAAAUAAGCUGUUUUACGAGGAGAAUUGAGUAUGUAAAUUCUUUCUUUAUGCGCAGUUGUAGAAAAAAUACUUUUCCGAGUCCCUGCUCCUCAAACUCAUUGAUAUAGUUUUAUCACGAUUAUAUAGACAUUAUUCAUCCACAUUCCAUAAUCAUAGUGUAUAUACUGCCCAGUAUAUUUGGACCUGUAAAUUGGACCAGUUUAUUUAUUUUGUAAGUAGUCAUAAUUUGUAAUUUGUAAUGUUAAUAAAACUAUCAACUUUA